UACCCCAAACGGCCAAACCAAACCAAACCUUGCGUCAGGCUUGAGAAACAUUUGAUCAGACAGACAAAAUGAGGAAAUUCGAUCCGUGGAACGUCUUCUUCAAGAGAGAAUUCAACCGGAACUGGCCCUUCCUCGUCGGAUUCGCCAUCACCGGAACCAUCAUCACCAAGUUCUCCCUCGGCCUUACUGAAGAAGAUAAGAAAAACUCAGUGUUUGCUCAGAGGCACAAGAGUUAAAUGGCUCUGUAGCGGUGAUGUGAGUAUAUGCGAACAUUGCUUCUUAUUGUCUCCAAUGGUAAUAAAAAGAUUUAAGAUGUGAUUUUUAUUUUGAAUAUGCAUCAGCACAUUACAUUUCUUUAAUCUCAAUGAAUUGAAAUUGUUGUUUGAUUUAUAGUUUUUGGUGCUUUUAAUCAUUCCGAAAAUACGUUUGGUGA